CACUUACUUGAUACGCGUUCGGGCAUUUGCAUCUAUCAUUGUCCGCCAGUUGGUUUGCGGGAUGUUUGGUCGCCAUCAUCAGGUCACAGCCCCUUGGGCAGCUCUUGUUACACGCACAUUCAGGUCUAUAGUUAUGUUCCCACAGGAAGACGAGCCCUAGCAUGCGGCCUGGGCCUGACUUCUUCCAGGAGUACCAGGAGGAUGGCCAAGUACUGUUUGCAUCCAGUGAUGCCGACGACGGGGGCGGUGGCAGGCAGGCGGCGGGGGCGGCGGGACAGCAGCUCCAGGGUGCCAUACCGCAGCCGCCGAGCGGCAGCGGGGUCCUCAGCGGAGCCGCCGCCGCCGCCGCCGCCGGUGCGGCUGUGACACCUGCCGCGGUGGCGGAGGCGACCGCGGCGGCGGCGGCAGCGGCGGCGGCUGCCUUGGCAGCGGCACAGCAGCAGCAUGCCGACCAUCAGCCCGGCCCGCACCCAUCAGCUGAGGGCCAGCAGGCUGCUGCUGCCUUUAUGCCGCUGCCGCAACCGCCGCUGCAGCAGGAUAUGCUACUGGUAGCACCCAGCAGCAGGGUCGGGCUUCCUGCCGGGUACGGCGGUGGCCCACAACCGCCGCAGCAGCUUCUGUAUCCGGGGCUCUCGCUAGCGGAGUCUGCACAGGCGUUCCAGCAUAGCCAGCAGCAGCAGCAACAGCAGCAGCAACCAUACAUGAUGUUCCCCCAGCAGCUCUUGGUGGCGGCGGUGCCGCCGCCGCCGCCGCCACACGCGCAGCUGCAGCUCCCACACUUGCAGCUGCAGCCCCAGCCCCAGCAUAACCUGCCCCAUCCACAAGUACCCCAGCCACGCUUGCCGCUAGCGCCGCCACCGCCACCACAACAGCAACAGCAACAGCCGCAACCGCAACCGCAACCGCAACUACCGCUGCCCGGCCCCGCCGCCCCAGAGGACUAUGCGACCUGGGCCCUGGACGCGUGCGCCGCCAUCCAGGGCAAACGCAGGGACGCGGCGUUGAGCAUGGGUCGCCGGCUGCUGCAGGAGACCGGCGCGCUGCAGCAGGGCGGCGGGGGACAGCAUCUGGCGGACAACUUGGUCAUUCCGAAUGAGCCGCGCGAGAGCGUGGUGUUUAUAACAAAGGGCAAGCCCAAGGACAGCCGCAUCAACCCAGGCGGCAAGAAGAGCGGCGCUGCUCCCAAGCUCGUUCGGGAGGCAACGGCGACGGAGCCGGUGGCUGUCUAUGUCACCACCAGCUACACGCGGGUGUGCUGCGAAUGCUGCAAGACCUACACCUUCGCCAAGGCCAGUCGGCCGGGCGACACGUGCCAGAGCCUGGAUCACAGGUUCAGGCCGGCGAGCGUGUAUCGGCUGGGCAAACUCGCCGCGCCUGACGAGGGCAAGGAGCACCGCGGUGGCGUCUGUCUGGACGUGCCGGCCGAGCCGCUCGUGAUGGGCUGGUACGUGGGGCCGGAGGGGGACAAGGGCGGCGGGGGGGGAGGCGGAGCAGGCGGAGGCGGAGGCGGAGGCGGUGGCGGCAGCAGCGGCGGUCAGGAGGACGAGGAGGAGGGCGGCGGCGGCAGUGGUCUGGACCGGGAGGGCUCGGGCGAGGUCGGCGGCAGUGGUGGCGCAGGCGGCAGCAGCCGCAGCAGCAGGGAACGUGGUGGCGGCGGCGGCGCCAGUGGACGCCCAUCCUCCAGUCCCGGCCGCCCCACCAAGCGGCUGCGCCAGCGAGAUGCAGCAGCAGCUCCGCCACCAGCUCCGCCGCAGCACCAGCCGCCACAGUACCCGCCACCGCAGCAAUACCCGCCACCGCAGCCGCAUCCGCAGCACCAGCCGCAGCAAGGCGCGGCGCCGCCAGCAGCCGCCCCUGUAGCCAGCCCCCACGGCGCUACCGCAGCAACCGCUCGCGCCAGCACUGCCCCGCCGGCGCUAUUCGCCGCCGGCAUUGCAGCAGCAGCUGUGCCGCCGGGCGACGCAGCCGUGUCGGCGGACUGGAAGCCCGCCGGUGACGCCAUACUGCGUUUCCUGGAGGGCCUGCCGGCGCGAAUGGAGGCCGCUGCUGGGGGGCCGGCGGUGGCGGCGGGGCAGGCGGCGGGGCAGGCGAUGGGGGCAGUGGCGGCGGCGGAGAACGCAGCGCUGGAGGAGUGGAGUGUGCGGCUACGCGCCGUGGGCAGCAGGCAACUGUGCGACAUGCGGAGCUGGAACGGGCAGCGGCUGGCGCACUGGCUGGCUACACCGCCCACGCCCGGCCUGUUGCAUGACGUGGAGGGCUGGGCCGAUGAGCAGCGGAAGCAGCGGGAGAAACAGCAGCUGCAGGAGCAGCUGCUGCAGCUGCAGCUGCGGCAACGGCAGCGCCAGCAGGACUGCGUCGCUGUGGUGGAUGAUGAUGUACCAGCGGCAGCGGCAGCAGGUGGCAGAUCCGGGGGCGGCGCUACGGGGGCAGCGGCCGCGGCGGCCGCGGCAGCUGCUGCGGCGGCCGCCACGAACCCGAGUGGCGCUGCCACCGCCUGCCCGCCGGAGAUGUUGUCGGGCUAUGACCCGCAGGCGGACCGGCGGGCGGAGAGGGACCCGGACUGGCCCAUUUCCCAGCGGCUGGCGGUCGGCCUGCUACAGAGGGCCCGGGAGCGGCUGGGCCCGCUGCGGUGGCGGCGGCUGCUGGAGGUUCAGGACGGCACCACGCACGGCACGGCCCUGCACCGCGUGGCGAGGUACGGGCACCGGCAGCAGGUGGUGGCGGAGCUGCUGACACACGCGUCCAGGCAGGCGCUGAUGCUCACCUCCAAGCAUUGCUGGAUGGCCUACCACUCCGCCUUCCGCCACGGCCACGGCGCCGCCGGCGAGGCCAUCAUGCUGCGGCUGCAGCGCGUGGCCGCAGAGCUUGACGCCGCCGACGACAGGCAGGCCGCUGCUGCUCCGCUGGCGGCUCCGCCGCUCCCGCUGCCGGCCGGGGCGGAGAGGCGAGUAUCGGCGGAGGGUGCGGCUGGCGCCGCCGGCGCCGGAGCCACCAGCUGGAGGUGGCUCGGUACCGGGACGAGCGAUGCGGGCAGCGGCGGCGGCAUCGAUGACAUGCAAAGUGGAAGCGUAAGUGGCGGCAGCCCCAGCAGCAGCACUACUGGUGGCGGCAGCGGCACUGACCGCACCGCCGGCUGCUGGCAGUGGCUCCUGUACGAGCUCAGCAACCAGUACUUCACGGGCAUCGACAAGCUGGGCGCGCCCAUGCAGGGUCUGCAGCAGCCGUACGGUCUGGAGCUGAUGCUGCGGGCUGUAGCACGGCAGCUGGGGCCGGCGCCGGCGGCGCCUGCUGCAGCGCCGGCGGCGCCAGCAGCGGGCGCGUCGCCGUUUGUGACACAGGCGCCGUGGGGCGCAGCGUCUGAGCCGGCGGCAUGUGCUGAACGGCAGCAGCAGCUCCAGCAGCAGCAGCAGGAGUGGGACGCUGUGCUUGGUUGCCCAGGUGCCGCCGCAGCCGCGGCCGCACCGGUGGCUGGCGCCGCGGCUGGCAGACUGGCUCUUGCGCGGCUGCCGGAGGACAAAUGGGAGGUGAAAGCGUGGGUGGAGCGGCUGGCGAAGUUUAGGGCGGUGGCGGCCAGGCUGGACGAGCAGGAGGAGAGCGGCGCGGGCUGGGUGGUGGCGGCGGCGCCGCACGGCGCAUGAGUCAACCGGUUGCUUGGUUCUGUUGCUUGCUCGAUUCGGUGGACAUGGGCUGCGCGUGCUGUACUGACUGCGUGCCGGCAUGCACUGACAGACUUCGGGGUGUACCGCGUUACCAGGAUAGCGCAUAGCCGCGACAAGAGUGAAAAUGU